AUGCGAGUGCAAUUGCAAAAUGAUCCAUCAGCACAAAUAUUUUCCGAACAACUACUAGAUAUUGGGAACGGUAAAAUAGAACUGCAACCAAAUACGCAAUGCAUUAAACUACCAGACAGUUUUUGCACUGUUGUUCAGGAUAAAAAUGAAUUGAUUCAGAGUAUUUUCCCGGAUAUACAGAAUAACUAUUUGAAUCAUGAAUGGCUUAGUCAACGGGCGAUUUUGGCAGCCAAAAACGUUGAUGUUGACGAAAUUAACUUCCAGAUACAACAGUUGCUACCAGAUAACCCUGGAAUGCCACCACAUAAUCUUCGAUUAAAGAUUGGUUCCCCUAUUAUUCUCCUCCGUAAUUUGAAUCCACCUCAAUUCUGUAACGGUACGCGUUUGGUCAUCAAAAAGAUCACCGGAAACAUUCUUGAAGCAACCAUUUUGGCUGGGAAGUUUAAAGGAAAAGUGGUCCUGCUGCCACGUAUUCCGAUGAUACCAUCAGAUUCUACCAUACCCUUCAAAAGGCUACAGUUUCCAAUUCGUUUUGCUUUCGCCAUGUCUAUAAAUAAAUCUCAAGGUCAAACAAUGUCCAUUUGUGGUUUAGAUUUGGAAAAUCCAUGUUUUUCUCAUGGGCAACUAUAUGUUGCGUGUUCACGUGUUGGGAAACCGUCGAAUCUAUUUGUGUUAGCUAAAGACAGGUUAACCAAAAACAUUGUGCACCGAUUGGUGUUAAAUUAA